GGAGAACAGUCACGCUCGUGAGGUGCCUACGAACAGUCAUAAACGUUAUGACCCUUGCCAGCAGUUGGAAUCCCGUCCUGAUAUGGUCUAUCGGGUUCUGUUCUAUUUGCUUGUUGCUCUACAUAUGCACCUUUAAAUCCUAUCUGAAGGGUUUGCGCGGAACGAUCUCGCAGCUAGCGACGGCAGUUCCACUGUCCACUGUUAGUCCGAAAGCGCGCCACACGUCUGUUUUUGCAAUAGAUUUGGAAUCGAAUGUGGACUAUCAUCAAGCGGGCUACUUGAGAAACCCGACGCUGAAUUUGGAGGCAAUUGCUCGUUCGGAGAAGCCAAAGGCCCACAGUGGCGGACUAGUUUUUUCGGGUAGCUUAAGCAAUGUAAAAAGCAAAUGGAGAACUAUUCCGAAACUCCUGAUCUUUAUAAAAUUCAACGUGUUAGUGACAGAGGGCAGUACAAUCUCUGCUUAAAAAAUGCGAACACUUUUAGG